AUAAAGGUGUACUCGUGCACCAGGUGAUUUGGAACACAGCCUCGGGUGCGGUCUCUGUUUAUUUCCGCAUGUCCAUGUCCAUGUUCGGAUCUUCUCUUUACUUCUGCACUUCACUUUACCGAGGAAGCGUCUCUGAGCUCACGGGGGAACCAUGGACUUCGAUUUGGCUGCAGCUGUGAAUAAGGACGAAGUGAAGAAGAGUGACGCAAAUAAAGUCGAGGGAAUCUUUGGAUUUGGAAAGAAGGAUAAAGACAAGGACAAGGAAAAAUGUAAAGACAAGGACAAAAGCAAAGAGCAUAAAAAACACAAGGAGCACAAGAAGCCUAAAGAGCAUAAGAAGCCUAAAGAGCACAAGAAGCCUAAAGAGCACAAGGGGCAUGGAGGACACAGCUCCUCAUCCUCAUCCUCCAGCGAUGAUGAUUAGGAACACCGCUGGACUGAAGAAGGAAUUUCUUUCUUUCUUUCUUUCCUUCUUUCUUUCUUUUCUCCCAAUAAAAUAAUUCAUGAUUUAAAGCUGUUUCUAAUUAUAAUGAUGCAAUGUAAUUAAAAACAAUAAAUACAUGUAAAAGUAA